AUGGCAACUACCCGUAUGAUUCAAAAAACACGCGAUUCGAAUCUCAUCGCCCUCGAGGCUUUGCCUCAUAGCCAGUCAGAUGUAGGUUCACCUUUGGGUCCUGAAAGCUUUCCAUUGUUGGAUAAAUGGAACUCGCCUCGCGUUAAUAUUCAUCGAACCUUUGCAACCUUCUGGUCAUUCCUAGUCAUGGGUGUGAAUGACACGGCCUAUGGUCUAGAAUCAUACUACCAUUUAUCGUACACAAUUGUGUCUCUCGUUUUCUUGUCACCUCUAGUAGGCUAUACAAUAGCCGCUUUUCUCAACCACCGCAUCCACUAUACGUUCGGUCAACGUGGCGGGGCCAUUAUCGGACCAGCGUGCCAUCUCAUUGCCUAUAUCAACUGCGUUCAUCCACCAUAUCCGGUACUAAUGGUCGCAUUCAUCUUUGCAGGGUUGGGAAAUGGCCAAGAGGAUGCUGCAUAG